AUGUUGAGACCAAACCUACGCCCUUGGUUCUAAGGAAAUUCGGUUUUCAUUUAGAAUACGGAAAUGAUGCUUUUCUUAUAAUAUGUAACCGUAAAAAAAAAAACAGGCAUUGAACUUUAAAUAGGACAUUGAUAACAUUCAUGCAAGUACACUUCUCCAACAUAAACAACAUGCCGUGCUAGGCCCUUGAUAAUGAGCCAAAGAUGCCAAUCACAAGUCGAAUUGGGGGGAAAUGGUUUGCUACUCGACCGGUUUUGUUUCUGAAAGCCGUUAGAACAAGGCACACUGAAGGCAUCACGCAACCAAACAGCUGCAUCUGCUGGAAAGGGGCAGAACAUAGAGCAGCAGCGCAUUUCUCACAUGCCACUCUGCACUGUUCUUGUACAGUUGUGGACGGUCUUUAGCUGAUGGACUAAAACAUCGGUCAGUUAUGCCUGCCUGUGCAGAAUUCAGCCUGCACAAGCUGCUGGUUAUUAAUCUGUUGCGAUAGGAAGGACAAGUUUAAGACUGAACUUUGAUAAAAGGAACAUAUGCUCUAAACCAAAAUGUUCAACACCUACAUAAAGAGUCUGAAUGAUAUGGUAUUUACGUCUGAGAACUCAGAGGAGCAACAGAGUCCUGGUGUCCUGGGCCGAAUCGGGAGCUGGCUAUCUCCAUGGAGGGGAAGGAGUCCCAAAAGUCCUACGGAAAAUUCAUCUCUAACUUGUGAUCAGGCAGUCAAGUCAGAGGGAGAGUGUUGUGAAGAAUCUACACAAGCCGAGGCAAGGAAACACGAGCCGGAGGAGAAGGAACAAGUCUCCAAUCCCAAUUCACGGAGUCCCUCAAGAGACAUUUUCCACUUUGAAGAAGUGGACGCCACACAGUCUGCCCACAGAGAGGGCUCUGUUGUAAGCAGCAGAGAGACUCCUCCUAAAGAGGAGGAGUUUUUACUUAGCGAAAAGAAGCGAAUAGGGCAGGCCAAAGAGCGCUGUCAUGGCACUUCGGCAAGUGGGAAUUCUGACAGGAUUGCCAGUCAUUUAACGGAUCUCUCCAGCGCCUCCUCCUCUGAGCAGGGUGUGGUAUUGAAUUCUGACCAAGUUAACACUCAGCCUUUGGCCCAUAAACAUGCACAGGCCCAGACAGGAAAGAGGCUCCAUGUGUACCUGGAGGAGACAAGUGUGACUCACUGCGGGAAAGACAAAGUGACAGGACAAAAAGUUAUCCGCACUACGAUUGAGAAAAACCUACCAGUUUUAUCAAAGUCAAAAUCACCAAAGUCUCCAGGUUUUGAUUUAUCACGGAGCUCAGUUUCAAGCACUGAUGAAAAUAUAAACGCAAAUUUAAAGCCUGUGGUUGUACCACAGGAGGGAGUGUCACAGAACUUACAUAAAGACUGGCAGCUGGACCUAGGAAUAGACCAAGAACCAACAGAGGCUGGCAACAUGGGCCGUAAAAACUCUGCCAAGAGGAAAGGAAGGAAGAACUCUCAUGGAGAUGCCGCAUGUAGCCUUCAGGAAAAAAAUCCUUCCAAUGUCCAACCUGAGGGGGAAGGAAUCCCCUGUUCUGACAGCUCAACAUUCUUACCAGAGGGUGAAAGUCCACAGAGUCAAGGUGAAGAGCAGCCAUUAGACUCCUCCUCCAAGCACAGCCUCACCUCGCUGGCCUCACCUGGAGGUGGAGAAAAUGAGACUUCCUGUCCCAAGUAUGCAGACAAAUUCCUGGGCUCUGGAUCAGUCACUGAAACCCGUCUAACACGCGUCGUUGAUGACAGUGCAGACAUGGACGAGGAUGACAGCUUUUACAAAGUGGAGAGGAAGACAGAGACACCAGAGUCCAAACGGAGAAGUAUCAAGGUUUCUCGGAGUGAAGUGAAACUUUUUCCUAAAAAUGUGUCUUUGAGCUCCAAAAAAAGUAUAGCAGAAGUGGACCUUGAAUUGAGGUUGGCACGGGACCAAGACAAAAAUGAAGAAAAGGAAGGGACCAAAAAAGAAACUAAUGCAAGGCAGCAAGACAAGAAAGUUGAAGAAAAAAACGCCAUUGGCCGGAUUGCAGAUAAGAUCAAUUUAUUUGAAUGCCAGGGAACUGUGCCUGGCCUCAAAAGAUCCUUGCACAAUCCUAGGAGUGCUGAUGUCUCUCCUGCCAGGAGCACCACUGGGAAGCUUCAAGCUGAAUUUUUGUCAAGGUCAAAAUCAGCUGAGCGAUAUGGUGCUGCAAGUUCCAGUCCUGCGACACCCCAAAAUGAGAUUACACUGACGGUUAAAGAGAGAGCGAGGAACUUUGCAACCGAAUCAAGAAACAAUUCUAAAUCAAUGAUUCCUCAAAAGUCAACCAAGACGGGAACUACAAAAAAAUCCACCACAUCUGUGGCAACCACUGCAUUAAAGUCAUUAAAACCUGACUUUCAGGGUAAACUGGAUACUAAAGCGGUGACUGGGAUAACACUAAAACCAGAUGGACAGGAUACUACUGCUGAUGGGGUGAAGGCUUCCACACCUCUAGAACAACAUGGAACACUGACCUCAAAGGUAGUAGAUCAGGGCACAAAAUCAAAUAGCGUAGAAGUAAGUGUUUCAACGAAAGGCACAGGUGAUCAUGCCGAUCUGACUGAUAAUUUAAGUCCACGGUCCAAAGCACCUAACAGAUCAGGCUCUCGCUCCAAGCGGAGAAAAAGCAAGGAGGCCACUAGUCCAGUUAGCGAAAACCAGGAAAGUAAGCCAAAUCUAAGCAAGCAAGAGGCCACUUCUUUAAAUACACAUGUUGAUGAGCCAGUUUUUCUCCCAUCCGAUGAAGUAGAAGGAAUUAUAUCUAAUAAACAUACGUUUACAAAAGAGUCUGACAUUUCUGAUAAACAGCUGAAGUAUCUUGAUGGUAAAAACAUUGAUAAACUGGUCAACAGAGUUGAAAAAAUAACCGGACCUAAAUCCGUCAACAAAGACGAACCUGAUACUAUUGCUUCUAACGGGAAAGCAAAGAAACCUAUUGACAAUUCUUCGGUUAGUCUGGCCCAAAAGGAGGUAAAGGCAGAAAGAGAAAUUUUGUCACCCAAACAAGAUAUCAAAAAUAAUGCUGAGGAUGAGUCAUCUUCCAGGUCUCAGUUAGUUGAACAGCAUAUUAAGCAGCCCUCCACAGUGGUUCAGGACCCACCUGCUAAACAUCCAAAAUUAUAUGCGGACCCAGCAUCGCAGUCUUCACCAAUAAGUACACUAAAAACAAGACAGUCAGGUAAAAAAGAUACAGAAUAUGCACAGCCACUCCAAAAUAUGGACCCAAAGAAAACAAGUCAGAGUGAGACUAAAUAUGUUAAUGAAUCAAAAAGACAACUGGGAGAUAACAACAGGUUCCCUGAGGAAAAAGACAAAGACACUCUCCAAAAGAUUAUCCAUUCAGAUAAAACACAGACUCAAUUGACACCCACAAGUUUGCAGAGUAUACAAGACAAUUCCAAAAUAGAGGAAAGUGCUGUGAUGGAUAAUCAGAAAAAUCAGACAACGAUCAAAGAGACAAGGCCUCUUGAAAAUAUAAAUAAAACAGAGUUAAUACAAGCUGAAGGAGCCUCAAACCUCCCUACUUCAAAACUAACUGUCAAUCAAACGGCUACUACAAAUCAAGGGAGAGCUGAGGUCAACAUGGUUAACCAGGAGACUGGAAAAAAGCGUACUCAAAGGUCUUCCAAGGAGGAAAUGGCUUCAAAUGUGUCUGAGGUGACAACAAAAUCUUUAGAAGGGAUCAAAAGUGAACAUAAGCUACCAGUAACUAUAACAGAACAACAUCAUGAAUUUGGACCAGUGGAAAAACUUGAAGGGUCUCUCAGUCAGUCCUCAAAUAAACAUAAAGGCAUUGCUGGUGAUUCAAAGAACGAGCAAGUGACUGCAAAAGUUUCUCAUGAUCUCCCAGCACUGAUAAGUGAGCAGACUGACAAUACAGCAACUGUUAAAGGGUCUACUCAAAUAUCUGCUCAGAACAAUGAUGGAAAAAGCCAGAGCAGUCAAACUCAGAGGUCAAAAGGAAGCUUCAAUGAGGGAGAAGUUGAAGCUUCAAAAACAAAAUCAAGUUGCCCUCAGUUUGAGGAACUAAAUAAUACAGUGAAAACAAGUGAUCUUACCUCAUUCAAGGACUCAGACAAAAAACAGCAAAGGUCUUCUGACACCACCCUAACUAGCUCCACAGUUAUUGGACAAGAGAAGAAAGAUACGAAAGAGAUUGAGCUUCCCCCUAGCGUCAGUGGUGAUCUUUCUUCACAAUUAAACACAGGCAAAGAUGAACAAGUCGAAAGCAAACAAACUCCAACUUCAAAAGUAUCAACUUCCCCAAAGGCUAAAAAGCUGAACUCAGACUCAGUGCAGCUGUCAUCUCCUAAGAGACUGCAUUCUCCACGAGGACUAAGCAGAGAUGAUUCUUCGCUUCAACAGGAUGCUCCAUCAAGUUGGCUCGAUGUGGACUUUCCCAAACAGAGACUCAAAUUCCCAGGAGCAAAGCUUAGUGCUUCUGUUAGUGAGAGCAAUCUUCUGGACACUGACGACCUCGAUGAUGAAAACUUUAUUGAGCGAAUCAAGAAACUUUGUGCUCCUUUUUCCCUACCACCUCGUAAACACAACCCACUACGGACGCCUCAACCCCCAUUUGCAAUGCCAGCCAUCAAGGAAGACCACUUUGAAAAGACAUUUGACCCAGAGGAAUUUAAAUUUGGCCUUAGGAAGAAAAAUCGGUCCUUUGAUACAGGCCCAAGUUUAUUAGCCAAGCUUCAAAACCCAGAAAUUAAAGGUUCUGCAAAGCCUGCUCGGGUGAGUAUUGCUGAUAGGUGUCUUUUGAUCAGUAGUCUGGAUAAUUCUCAACUAAAAGAAAAGACACCUAAGAAAGAUGAAGAGGGCAUCAAGGAGGAGAAAGAUGAUCACAUUGUUGUGAAGUCUCGCUUAGAAGGAAGCUGUGUACUUAGCAGUCUAACUACCCACAGUGCUAGGGGGAGAAGAAAUGGGGUUCAGGCACUGUCAGAAAGAACCAACUCAACAGAUGUAUCGCCUGAGCUUAGCCCCUCAUCAGAUCCAACUACGCCUAUUCAGACUAGCACCAUUUCAUUUGCUGAAAAUUCCACCACGCAAAGGAGAGCUCAAACCCAACCGACAGAAGCCGUGGUCAGUGACUCAGGUCCUCCAUUUCCCUCGUUUAACGACAUCAAGCUGCCUGACUAUUUAGAGAAGUACCUCCCUCGGGAACCGGUAAAAACAGAGCAGAGAAUACAAGAACAGCCGCAAAUCAAAGCAGAGGUUACUGAAAAAAUGUCAACUCCAGCUUCUGUCCCUGAAGCGGAUCUGAUUGCAAAACCAAGCAUGAACCUCCCCAAUAAUGUGUCUCCUUUUGGAAAUGGAAAUACAUCUCAAAUUUACCCAGCACAUUCAGAGCUAAAGCAGCCUCUGACUCAGAGGAUGCGUAGUAAUCAUGCAAGGACUGCAAAAGGAUUUCAUAAGCGACCUGGAAAGAUAAUGUUGUUCCAAAAUGCCCAGUUCAGUGGACAAGUUUAUGAGAUCUAUCGAGAUGUAGAGGAUGCGACUCACCUGCAGUUCUCAAGCAUCAUAUCUGUGAAGGUCAUAAGAGGAUGCUGGAUCCUCUACGAGAAACCAGACUUUCAAGGACGCUGUAUUGCUUUGGAGGAGGGGGGGCUCGAAUUGACAAAUGAGUGGGCAGACCCCGAGACAAACACCACUUCACCAAUGCUGAUUGGGUCUAUUCGUCUUGCCAUCCGUGAUUACAGCACCCCUCAAAUUGAUCUUUUCACAGAACCCGAGGGCCACGGUAGACUGACGUCUUACCAUGACGACGCCAUAGAGAUUGGCUCUUUUGGCAUCCCGCUGAGCACUGCUUCCAUCCAAGUUCACGCCGGGGUAUGGCUGGUGUUCAGUGAUCCAGGCUUCCAGGGUAUGCUCGCUGUUCUAGAAACAGGAGUGUACCCUGUUCCUGAGGCCUGGGGCUUCCCAUCGCCAUUUGUGGGAUCUCUCAAACCCCUUAAAAUGGGUGGUUUUAAAGUGGAAAAUCCGAAUGAAGUUAAGGCUUUGGUGUACGAAAAGCCUGGACUAGAAGGUUCCUAUUUGGAAAUCGACAGUGACAUUUUCAACUUCUGUGAUGAUGAAGGAGACGAAACAAACUCCAACACCCUCAAGCUGAAGUCUGUGGGUUCUAUGAAGAUAAUCGGAGGAUUUUGGGUCGGCUAUAGUGAGGAAGGAUUUGAAGGGCAACAAUACAUGCUGGAGGAAGGAGAGUACAUGGACUGUAACGACUGGGGAGGCUCGGGGCAGAUACUCUCACUACGGCCGAUCCUGUCUGAUUUCCUGUCGCCGCAUCUCAAAAUGUUCAGCAACCAAGAUUUUAGUGACCGAGGCAUGAACAUCGACCUAAUCGUGCCUGUCAUAAACAUGGACGACACAGGUUACGGCACUAAGACGCAGUCUGUUGAUGUCAUCAGUGGCACCUGGGUUGUGUUUGAAGACCCUGGUUUUUGUGGAGAGUCUUACAUCUUGGAAAAAGGCUUGUAUGGAAACCCGGAAGACUGGGGGGCACUGCAGCACCGGAUUUCCUCCGUAAUGCCUGUUGUACUGGAUGAUUUUGAGAACGUGGCUAAAUUUAAGGUCCAGCUCUUCUCCAAGCCAGGUUUUCAAGGCACUGCCCUCACUUUAGAGAACAGUGUGGCGACCCUGCAGGAAGGCUUCUCAGUGGCCUCCUGCAAAGUUCUAGUGGGCAGCUGGCUCGCAUUCGAAGCACAGGACUAUGCUGGCAAGAUGUAUCUGCUGGAGGAGGGAAACUACCAGGAUAUGAGGGCAAUGGGUUGUAUCAACCCGAGUGCGACCAUCCUCUCAGUCCAGACUGUCGGCUUUGAGUUUUCUCAGCCUUCCAUCAUUCUUUUUGAGCGCAGUGGUCUGCGUGGAAAGCGGGUGGUGCUGACUAAUGGAUGUGUCAACCUUCAGCUGGCUGAAGGCUGCGCUCGGGUCCAGUCGGUGCUGGUGGAGGGGGGCAUGUGGAUAUUAUAUGAGGGCAUCAACUAUCGGGGUGCUCAGAUUUUAAUCAAACCUGGUGAGGUACCUGACUGGCGCCAGUUUAGCAAGUGGAGUAAAAUUGGAUCCCUCCGACCCCUUUUACAGAGGCACGUACACUUCAGGUUAAGAAACAGACAAACGAGACUUAUGAUGUCAGUGACCGGUGACCUGGAAGAUGUCAAACUGCUACGGAUUCAAGAGGCCGAGGCGACUGACGGUCUUGAGCAGAUUUGGGUCUACCGUGGCGGCCAUCUCCAUUGCAAGCUCCUUGAAGAGUGCUGCCUAAGUCCAAGUGGUAGCGUGACCAUUGCGGGAAGCCGGGUGGGCCUAACUUCAGAGGUGGAGAACCAUGCGUGGAGCAUCACCCCUGAAGGCUUUAUCCGCUAUUUGCCUACCUCUGAUCUAGUCCUGGAAGUAAAAGGGGGGCUUCAUUAUGACAAAAACCAAGUGAUUCUCAACACUCUGGAUCGAAAUAAAGCACACCAGAAGUGGGAUGUGGAAAUUAUUUAAGAGUCUUAUGUGCAGUAAGACAAGUGUUUAAGGACUAUUUUCACAUUUGCUGCAAUGUUUGUUAUGAAAGACCUGUUUAAGAAUGUAUUACUGCCUACUUAAGAUACAAGCGUGACGUUGGAAGUUGAUAGAAAACCUUCCAGUACUACAGCUAAUGUUAAUGUUUUGCUUUUUCAAUGAAUGAAUAAAUUUACGUGUUUUGUAAUUAACUUAAACAGUGUUAAUACAUCUCAUCUAUUUUUAUUGAUGUUACAUUACCUUUUAUUCAGCAAUAAAAAAAAUCUAC